AAUAUUCUACAUAGACACCGAAAAUGGCAGCCUCCAUGAGCAAGAAAAUGUCUUUGAAAUGUCAUUUGAUUUUCAAAGAAAAGUUGUCUUUAAAGAAGCAAUGUCAUGUGAUAAGAUGUUUAAAGAAAAGUAGUAUAGUUAAUUCUUAUUCUACAAAAGCCAGUCCAACACAGUAUUGUCUUGAUUUAGUGAAGAAGAGUGAUUAUGAAAAUUACCUGUGUACAUUGUUGUACCACAAAGACUACAGGACGUCAGCAAUUGCUCUUAGAGCUCUGUAUAUAGAACUUGCUCAGGUUCAGGAUGUAACAAGUGACAAGAUGCGCGCCAUUAUGAGAUUACAGUUUUGGAAGGAUACCAUUGACAAAAUGUUUAAGGGUACUCCACCAGAGACCCCUGUAGCAAUUGCAGCUACAAGAGCUAUCAUGAAGCACAAACUUUCAAAAAUUUGGUUUACUAGAAUUCUGGAAGAAAGGGUACGACAGGUGAACCAAGAUAUGAACAGAACAAUAAAAGAUGUAGAGGACUCAGCUGAAAAUACAGUUUCGGCCCUCACAUAUAUCAUGUUGGAGUCUGCAGGUAUAAAAGAUGUGAAUGCCGAUCACGCUGCUAGUCAUGUAGGUAGAUGUCAAGGUUUGGUGACUCUGCUCAGAGCAACAGCCUACCAUGCCAGCAGAAACAAAGUUUACACACCUAUAGAACUUCUUAUAAAGCAUAAUGUAUCACAGGAACAGAUAUUACGAUGUACGGAUGAUCAGAAGAUUAAAGAUGUAAUGUAUGAUAUAGCAUGUGUGGCACACUCACAUUUAGAAACAGCAAGAGUGAUAAAGGAUGUUCCCAAACAAGCGUACCCAGUGUUACUAAACACGUAUAUCUGUGAUACCUACUUGAAGAACCUUCAGUUAGUAGACUUUAAUGUCUUUGAUGAACGACUGCAUGUUAGAAACCCAAAACUAGCUUGGCAAUUAUGGAAACAGAAGAAUAUACGAAGAACAUUUAAGUGAACAAUUUUGCGUUUUGUGUCUUAUUUAUCUUAUACAUUUUUGCAUUAUUUAUGAGCCAUUUCUCCACAUACCGGCUUUUAAGGAAACAGCUCUGUUCUUCUUGGACAUGAUCACAGACACUCAGGUUUAUUUACAAUUAUAGUGAGUGGUAUAAUUAUAAAUUUACAUAAAUUGGAGCAAAAGUGCUGCAAUGUUGUAUGUACAUAUUAUAUUUGAAGAAGUG